AUGCCGGUUGCUGGGGUCGAACAAUCACUAAGAUACACUGAGUUUCCGCUGGCAGGAAAGACGGUGGAUCAAGAAACGGCCGCUGCCUUCGAUGCUCUUUGUCUAGCUUGCCGUAAAGGCGAUAUUGAAGAGGUUGAAGCACUUCUUUCCACCCCCAACUUGGACAUCAACAUGGUGGAUGAGUGGGACUACUCUCCCCUUAUCCUACUGCUGCUAUGCGGUCACUUACCUGUGGUGGAGUUAUUACUCAAGCGUGGGGCAGUUUGUGAUCGUGACACUUACCAGGGAGCACGUUGUAUUUAUGGGGCAUUGACCGAUAGCAUUCGCGAUCUCUUGAUCAGUUUUGACGUGUCAAAAGCAGUGGAUACAGCGCAACCGUUUGCUAGUCAUAUCUCCAGUCUUACGGGUCCGCUUGCAUCGGCUUCCGCUGAUAUUUGCUUUCAUUUCCCCCAUGUAAACGGACCUUUGGUGCGAGACUAUCAGUCAGUCUGUUUGCAUAGAUUUUUGUUGGCAACUCGGUCGAAACACUUUAUGGAGAAGUUAAGAGGCGAAUGGAGUAAGCAGGCAGUUGUUACAAUGCCUACUUCUGUCAAACCUGAAGCUUUCAAGGCAGUGGUGGAUUAUCUUUACUUGAAGCCUAACAGUUUGUCCGCCGGCGACGAUGUACGCCAAUAUGCCGAAAGCUUGGAUCUCGACGAAGCAGUAGCGGCUCUCGACGCUCUUGCUAAGGUUCGGGAUGUACGUGAGGCGGCAAGACUUAAGAAUGAACACACUCUUGCAUUCCCUACCACGGCUCGCGAACAAUUCCGUAAUUACUUGCGCGAAGAGAUCUUCUACAAGCGCAUUGAGGUUGCUUUAGAUGUUGAUGAUCUUGUUGGAGAUGAUGGAGAAGUUGAUGCUAGCGACAUCAAGUUGAGUGACCACAUUACCAGCGGUCAAGUACAGCAAUUGAUUGAUCAAACUUUUUGUGACAUCAUCGUGGGUGUAGUAGAUGCAGAGAGAGAAGUAGCAGUAUAUUACCCAGCUCACAAACUGAUGUUAGCCCGCGCAGAAUACUUCGAAACAAUGUUCAAGUCUCCAUUGUUCUUGGAAAACAAUCAGGUGCCGCAUAUUGUGGAUUCGGGUCGGACUUUGAACCGGGCCGUCGUUGAUCGUCCGAAUUUGAAGUCCGUGCCAGUGCUUCAGCUACUGGCGAAUUGUGCUGACACUGACGUCGCCGAAAUGAUUCUUGAGUUCUUGUAUCACGAUGACGUCCCAUCCCUUCCAUUAGACAAGGCCAUCGAUUUGCUUUUCUGUGCUGAUGAGCUCUUGCUUGCCAGAUUGAAACUGAUCUGCGCUGUGAAGAUUACUGUGGAGUUUCCCAAUUUCACGUGGAAAGAGUUCAAGAGUUUAAAACCCGCAACUGGUUAUGAUGGGUACGAUCUUCUCCGCAUUGCGUGGCAAUUGAAGCAAGAGAAACUAGAACAACAUAUUACUCGAAUGUUGGCGUUCAAUUUGCAGCAAGUCUUCGAGAAUGAUCGUGAAAAGAUGCUCACGAUCAUUGCUGAAAGUGCUGAGCGGAUCGCCGAAAGACAAACCACCGACACAAUCGAAGUGAUUGAUGACAUUCGGUAUUAUCUUGGGAAAAAAUAUAUCGAUAAAGAGGCGUUUGCGGAUAUCGAGGGAGUGGGUUUAUUGUCAGGGGCCAAAAUUGAAGAGACGGACAUUAUGAAGCAGGCGCUGCUCCAAUAUGACCAAAACAUGGAAAUCAUAGAGCUGCUCCUCGACAGUUUAGACCUCGAGGCGUAG